AUGCCUUCUAACACGGCUGCGAGCAUGUUCGGUGGUGCCGGCGGGAGAGGAUCCAGGGCGUCGGUCUCCAGCCUGGAGGGUCUGCGCAACGUGCUGCGAAAGGACCACGUUGAGCGCGACUCCGGUGCGGUUCCGUCUGCUCCCGUGGUCCAAGCGGACGACAAACAGACCCUGCGAGGCCUCAACGACCGUCUGUCCGGAUACUUGGACAGGGUGAAGCAGCUGAAGAAGGAGAACCAGCAGCUGAAGGAUGAGAUUGAUGAGAUCUUGGCCAAAAGGAAAGCCCCAAAAGGUCGCGACUGGGAUGAGGUGGAGAAGCCGCUCAAUGAACUCAAGGAUAAGAUUAAGGCCAUCACCAUGGACAAUGCCAAGCUGCUGCUCCAUAUUGACAACACCAAGCUGGCCAACGCUGACUUCAUGAACAAACUUUAUGACGAAACCAAGGCCCGGAAGGCCAUUGAAAAGGACCUGGAGGAACUGAAGAAGAACAUUGAGGACACCAAGCUGAACAACAAGCAGACGCAGAAGGAAAUUGAGCUGGUGAAGGACGAGCUGGCCAUCUCAUCGGAGGACCACAAAAAUGCCGUGGACAACCUGCGUGAUAGGAUCAAGACGUCGGAGGUGAACGUAGAGGUUGAAACCCCUAGCUCCAACUUGCCCAAGAUUGUCUACAACAUACGCGUGCAGUACGACAAACUAGCUGUGACCAACCUGAGGGAGACGGAGGAUUGGUACCAGAGCAAGUUUGAGAACAUCAAGGUGGAGGAGGCACAGAACACUGAGGUGCUGCAGAUCGGAAAGACGGAGCUCAAAGAUCUGCUCAGGGAGAAGCAAUAUCUGGAGAUCAAGGUUCAGGGCGUGGAGAGCACGGUCCACAAUCUGGAGGAGAACCUGAGGUUCACUAAGCUGGAGAACGGUCGGCGGCUGGCCCCCCUGAACCAGAUGAUCCUGGACUUGGAGGAGCAGCUAAAGAAGGUGAGGGCGCACGUGGAGAACCAGGCGGAGAUGAACAAGGACUUGCUGUGCGUGAAAAUGAGGCUGGAGGGCGAGAUCAACAACUACCAGCGGCUCAUGUGUGGCGACGAAGACAGCUUGGAGUUUUCAAUAGAAGAUGCGCUGGCUGCCGACUGGAACAAGCCUGAUGGAGGGGCAGCUGAGGAGCAGGAAGAAUCCAGCCAUUUGAAAGCUCCUCAAGUCCAAGCGGACGAGGCAACCAAGCCAGCCAACGGCCCUGGUGGAAAGAAAAGUCCCAAAAAUAAGAGGAGCUCGUCUUCGUCUUCCUCCUCGUCCUCAUCUUCCUCCUCUGAAUCUGAAGAGGAAAAAUCCAAGAAUGAGAGCAAAGAGGAAGAAGCUUGAGGCAACACUUUUCU